AAUGGCACAAAAACGAAAUUGGAUUUUUAUUAGGCUUGCGAUUAGCAAGCGUUAUCAAACCGGAAUAUAGUUUUUUUUUCGGGUUAACAACUUGUUUUACAGAAUCACUUGGUACCAUGGUUCAUAAUGAAUUCAAAGUUCUAUUCGUGUCCGGCACUUAGUCUGGAGGUGAAGAAUACGUGGGUUCGAAUCUGACCAGGAACUGUUUUUUUUUUUCAAAUUUGAACUAUUCCUUUUCAAAAAAAAAUGUCGGCCUAUAACUUGCCUGCUUAUGUUGUCAGCUUAAUUGAUUUUUUGUACGCUAUUUUCACUGUAGUUGUUUUCAGUGUUUUGAAUUACUCCUGCAGUCUUUAAUUUUUACCAGCCUUGACUUCGUAUAUUUUGCUGUUUUUGUUUUCGCUGAAAAACUGUAUUCGGCUUUAAUGAUUUCGGCUUAUUUUUUAUCCGCUUAGUGACCUAAUUUGGAUUUUCUAUGAUUCAUUCUGGAUUGCACAAAAUGCAAAAAGAUUUGAAUGAGCGAAAAUUCUCAAUAUAUCGAUGCCCUUUAACUGCUUUAUACCGACUGAUUUUACGCUUAUUUGUUCGAAUUUGAGUAAUGAAUUCUUAUUGUCUGGCAACAUUUUGGCGCACAAGGGAUUCCCCUUUUUUCGAUUUCCUUGAGUCGGUUGACACUUUUCCAACUGUCUGUUGGCUAUUUUGUAUCUUUUGAGAUUGUAGCAUGGCAGAAGAAGACUCUCAAGAUAAUAAAAAGCACCGAAAAUCAAAAAAGAGAAAGCGGAAGGAUGAUCCAGUUGCGAGUGCGAAGAAGAACAAGCCAGGCGGCAAGCUGGAACCAGACGUGAAACGAAACCCGAAAGGGUUCACAGUCAACAGUGCUCAGAACAUGCGAAAACAGUUUGUGCGUAAGCAAGAUAUUCGCACGAAAAAGCACCAUGUUCCUGUACUGGAUCGGGCGGCGUUGUCACUCGAACCUCCCCCCAUAACGGUUGCAGUUGUUGGUGCCCCCAAGGUAGGCAAAAGCACACUCAUCAAAUGUCUGCUGAAAAACUUCACCAAUCUAAAACUGACGGCCGUUAAGGGACCAGUUACAGUAGUUGCCAAUAAAAAGAGCAGGCUGACUUUUAUAGAAUGCAAUAAUGACAUCUGCAGUAUGAUUGACAUAGCGAAGGUUGCAGACUUGGUUUUGUUGAUGAUAGAUGCUUCAUUUGGCUUCGAAAUGGAGACGUUUGAGUUUUUGUCUGUUUGUCAAGUACACGGAAUGCCUAGAAUGAUUGGAGUGCUCACUCAUCUGGAUUGCAUGAAAGACAACAAAGCCCAAAAACGACAGAAGAAAUACCUAAAGCACAGAUUUUGGGAUGAGGUGUAUCAAGGGGCUAAACUGUUUUACUUUUCGAAAUUUGUCAAUGGCGAAUAUCUGAAACGGGAAGUGCACAAUUUGGCUCGAUUUGUAUCUGUUAUGAAGUUCAAAGCAAUUACAUGGCGUAAUAAUCACCCUUACCUUUUAGCAGACAGGUUAGAAGAUCUAACACCGGCUGAGAACAUUCGGCUGAACCCGAAAUGCGAAAGAAAUAUUUGUUUAUACGGCUACGCAAGAGGUAGUCCUUUUCAGCCGUUUCAGGACGUGCAUGUACCGGGCUGCGGAGACUUUAAACUAUCCGAUCUAUCGUACCUUCCGGAUCCGUGCCCGUUGCCGGAAGUUUUGAAGAAACGGGUUUUGAACCAGAAAGAACAUCUCGUGUAUUCUCCAUUCUCAGGGGUUGGAGGUAUCGUCUACGACAAAGAUGCCGUGUAUAUUGAACUAGGGGGAAGCCACUCGCACCAAAAACAAGAUUCAACUACUGACGAGGCGAAUCAACUGGCUAAUGAUUCGAACUAUCGUUUCAAAGAUUUGAUCGGGCAAAAAUCAUCGUUAGACGAAAAAUUGAAAAACGCACAGAUGUCUUUGUUUGAGUCAUCGGAACCAAUCAAGUCGGAGGCAUUCGAAGCUUCGGAGAGUAAUAACGAACCAAAGAGGAAGUCUGAGAGUGAAGGGGAAUCUGAAAAGGAGGUGGAUUCGGACGAGGAACAGAACGAGUCAGACGAAGGAGUUGAGCUCAAAUGUUCUUCGGAAGAUACAGAUGGCGAUGAUUAUGAAGAUGACGAUGAAGACAACGUCAAAACUCAAGAUCAGAAGAUGACAAAACCAUCUUCAGAAAAGGAUAUGCGUGUGCGCCGAGCAAUGCCAUCUUCGGCGAGAAGAUCUGGGAAUGUUGACGAAAGUCGGGAAGAGUUAGGAUACCCAGAAGCAGACGAUUCUGGUGAAGAAAAUCAUAGUGAAGAUGAUGUCAACGAUGAAGAUGAUGACGAGAAAGACGAUGAGUAUCAAGAUAUGACUAAUUUUAUGGACGAUAAGUUUGCUGAUGGAGAAAGUGAGUGUUCAGAGGAAAACUUGUCUGAAACAGAAGACAGUACUAGUGGCGGUCUAAACUGGAAACGGAAUAUGAAAGAAAAAGCAGCCAUGCGAUUCAUGGAUCGUCUGAACAAAUCCAAUUCUCUCAAAAAUGUAAUUUAUGGUGGAUCAGGUAUUAGUGGAGUUGAACACAAUGAAGCCGAGGAAAAAAGUGACGAAAUUGCGAAUCUUUUCACGAUCAGAAAGGCGGUUGAAGAUAAGACGGGAUUGAAUGGUGUAGAUGCUACGCUGCCAGUAAUAGAGACCAAAACGAAUGCUGGAGUCCAAAAAAGAAAGAAGUUUCUAUCUUGGCUGCACAAAUCAAACAAGAGCAAAAUUAUGAGCUGCUUCGCGACUGGUGGAAAUUUUGGCGAAGAAGAUGCUGACAGGCUAUUGCAAGAAGACGACGAGGCUUUCGGUGACUUCGAAGACCUUGAAGACGAGGAUGAAGAUAAAGAUGAAGGCGACGACGAACAAACAGAAGAUGUCGAAGACAACGUCAUAAGCGGCGAGACUUUGAAAGAGGUUCGAAAAAGAAACUACGAGAAGAAAAAGAAACGAAUGAUGCAAGUUGUAGACGCUCAGGGCAAAGACAACGACACUUAUUAUGAUGAACUUAAGACAGAAGUAUCAGCUCAAGCGUUGUUGAAUCAACAGGAGUUUGAAAGCUUAGAUCCUAAAUUGAGAAUUCAGUUCGAAGGCUACAGGGCUGGAAUGUAUCUGAGAAUUGAGCUCAGAGGAAUCACUCCUGAGUUUGUUGAUAACUUUGAUCCCAAUUACCCUCUUUUGGUGGGAGGACUGAGCCAGUCUGAAAACACUGUCGGCUACUUGAACCUGAGAAUGAGAAAGCACAGAUGGUUCCGGAAGAUUCUCAAGUCCAAGGAUCCGGUAGUUAUGAGUAUAGGUUGGCGAAGGUACCAGACUGUAAGCACGUAUUCAAUACAAGAUCACAAUAUGCGAAAUAGAUUCCUGAAGUAUACACCUGAGUUCAUGCACUGCACUUCGACUGUGUUCGGACCAGUGGUUCCUCAAGGUACUGGAUGUCUGUUUGUAGAAAAUUUAGCCAGAGAUACGCCCCAUUUCAGAGUUACAGCUACAGGUGCUGUUAUGGAUCUGGACAAAUCGACAAGUGUAGUGAAGAAACUGAAACUUGUCGGAUACCCUGAAAAGGUGUUCAAAAACUCAGCGUUCAUAAAAGGCAUGUUCAACAGUGCUCUAGAAGUUAGCAGAUUUGUCGGUGCCAAUAUCAGAACUGUCAGUGGAAUCAAAGGUCAAGUAAAGAAAGCGCUCUCCAAUCCACCGGGAGCAUUCAGAGCCGCGUUUGAAGAUAAAAUUGCGCGAAGUGAUAUUGUGUUUUUACGCAGUUGGUACCCGAUUGAAAUUCCCCAAUUUUACAUGCCAGUUUUUAAUUUACUGGAUCGGGCAGUUAAACGCGAACAGUUUGAUUAUGGUAUGAAAACAGUUGGGCAGUUGAGGUUCGAGCGAGGAAUUUCGGCCCCUUCUAAUCCCGAUUCCCAGUAUAGACAUAUCGAAAGAAUGCCUGUGAAAUACAAACCGCUUGCGGUCCCGAGUAAACUGCAGAAAAAAUUGCCUUUUAGUGUCAAGCCAAAGUUUGUUCACCAUAAAAAGAGCAAGAAAGUGGUGAUCAGAGAACCACACGAACGGAAGUUGGCGGCUUUGAUGCAUGAAAUAAGAGGUGUUCACGGAGAGAAAAGACGAAAUCAGGAGGAGAAGAGAGAGGUUAAACUGUUGGAAAGGAAAAAGAAACUGGAGAAAAUUGAACUGAAGAAAUUUGAGAGAACGAAGGAGUUAAGAAAGAGACUGUACAAAACUAUGGGCAGAGAAAGUUCAGAUAAAUGAGUUAAAUUUUAUUUGUUAUUCAUUUGAAAUCCUGUUGUUUUCUUGAAUUUAAUUCAUUAUAUCUUCAA